CCAUAAACAUCCUCGUCCCAAUUUUCUGCCAUACCGAAGUCCACUUUUGCGUGUCUUUGAGAACAUCACAAUGGCUGCAGUGCAAUCACUUCUUCGCCCUGUCUUCGCCCUAGUGGGCUGGACUUUCGCAAUGGAAGGCUGGAUGUACGCAACCCGCCUACCAGCAAUGACAAAAUACAAGGUCAAAACCGACCCGAACUUUUCAAAGGAGAAACUUAACAAUCAGAUUCCUGCUUCUGUGAGAUGGAAGGCCGACAACUACGACCACCUCCACGAAGCACCUACUCGCUUCUACGCCGUCGCAUUGGGACUGGCCCUCUAUGCCUCUACUUCCCCGGCCUCAUUGACCACCAACUUCAUGGCUACAGAGGCCAAUCUUGCGUGGAUGUAUGUUGGACUCAGAAUUGUGCAUAGUAUUGUGCAAGCAAGUGCCAAUCCCGUCAUGAUAAGAUUUGGAAUCUUCGCUGCUAGCGAGAUCACCAUGUUGGGACUUUUGAUCAAGGGCGCGACUGCUGUUUGGGCGGCUAAGAGCUCUGGAAGUGUUAUUGGUCUCUAACUGUGUGGAAUGGUGAUAGGGGCUCAAGGGAUGACGGACGGGCUGUUCUACCAUGUCAGUGACGGCCAGUGUGUAGUAGCGGCCGAAAUGCACAAGCUUACUUGCGAACUGCGACAAGUUCAGAACCCUGCCUAUUGUCGAUGGCUUUCGAUGGUAGUCCCCACGAUGCGAGAUCACUUUGUCUGGUCCGACGGUUUCUCUGAAGCAGAAAGCUGGUAAGCGCAGCGAUCACGGCCGAUACAUUACCAUGUGGCUGCCAUGC